AUGAGAGUCACCCAGCCAUUUCUCGCCAAAAGUUUCCUGGCGCGGAGCUUGGACGAGCUUAAGAGACGUUCUAGUAUAGCAUGGAAUUUAGACGCCGUCAAGGGUCCCUCGGGCCCUCGCGAGCUUUACGACUUCUCUAGCACCGAUUCUGUAAACAGCUGUAUUAUCAUGUCCGACGCAUUGAUUGGUGGUGCCUCUUCAAGCCAGCUCGACUUCAUCUCUAAUUCAUCCUCACCAUCCGUGCAGACUUCAACUUCGCCAACCUCAUACGCACGCUUCCAUGGGUGCAUUUCGACAUCACUACCCUCAGAUCGCUUGGCAAUUCAGCGAACAGGCUACGCUGCGUUUCGAACUCCAGAUCAACCCCCCACAGUUUUUGGUCGCUCUAUUUGGGAUAUUGAUCCUUACACAUAUCUCGCGUUACGGGUCAAGUCUGAUGGCAGAGCCUACUACGUCAAUGUACAAACGGAGAGUGUCGAGCCCACAGAUUUGCAUCAGCACAGGCUGUUUUCAAAACGACCUGGGCAAUGGGAGACUAUUUUGAUACGAUGGAAUGACUUUGUACGCACAAACCAUGGCUUUGUCGUGGAGCCACAAACAGAGAUCCUCAGGCAAAAGGUUCACAGCGUGGGAAUUGGACUGACGGAUCGUGUCGAAGGGCCUUUCGAGCUCUGCAUUGAGAGAGUUUGGGCGACCAAUGGGUUGGAAGAACGAGGUAAAGAACCGGACCACCAAGAUGGGGAACUAAAGAACAAAAAGGGUGAGAAGAUCCAGUGGUGA